AGAAAUAGUUAAACAAUAAAACAGUAUUAAUUCAAUUAUCAACAUUUAAACAUUAAUUCAUUCUCACGUUGUUUUCGAAAUGAAAUUUAGAAAUAUUUUUGUGGUUGUUCUCCUUUUGUGCUGGACACUUUUAGCGUAUGGAAGCGAAAAGAAUUUAGAAGAAAAUUCCUUAAACGAUGAAAACACUCAAGGCCAUGAGAAUACAUCUGGACGAAAAGUUCGUCAGUUAGGUCGAACUUUUGGUGGUUUCGGAGGCGGUCUUGGUAGCGGUGGAGGUUUUGGAAGACCUGGAUUCGGUGGAGGUUUUGGAAGGCCAGGAUUUGGUGGAGGCUUUGGAAAUUCAGGAUUUGGUGGUGGCUUUGGAAGACCUGGAUUUGGCGGUGGUUUUGGUAGGCCUGGAGGAUUUGGCGGUGGAUCAGGUUUUGGUGGUGGCAAUGGAUUUGGAUACCCUGGAUAUGGCGGAGGAUUCUAUGGUUAAACAUAAAGUUAAUGUUAUCUAAUCAAAUAAUAUUAAAUGUGAUUUAAAAAUUGUUUCAAAUCGUAAAAAUAAGCCAGUAAAAGUACAAAAACAAAUAUCUGUAAUCUAAUAAUGUUUUUUAAAUGGGAUUGUUAAUAAUAAAAAGUUAAAAUUUAAGAAAAUCUUA